UAUUCGCCGUUUUUGUAAUGACUCGGCCUUUAAUUUGGUCCGAUAAUAAUUUAUUUAUUUUAGCAUUUCUUGUUCGUUUAUUUUUUAUUUUAUAUGCUCGAAUCCACGAUUAUUUAUUUAAUUUAAAUUUUACUGAUGUUGAUUAUGAAGUCUUUACAGAAGCUGCACUUUUGGUUUCACAAGGAUCUUCUCCAUAUAAUCUUUCGACUUAUAGAUAUUCGCCAAUUAUUGCUUGGAUUCUUGUUCCAAAUUAUUUAUUUGCAGAUUUUGGUACAAAAAAUUUUUAA